GUCGGCACGGUCACGUGUACCCGCAAAGUGUCUGUGCGCGUCAGCGCGAGGAAGGGACUGACAUAGCUCGCGCACUCCUAUCAAAUAUCAGCUGCUCGCAAUUCGACACUGCUUUAUUCCGUAACAGUCGAAGUGGCUGAAACCGUAACCCGUGCUUGACUCGAAACGGCUCGGAAGCAAAGAGCGGAUACAUCCGUGUUUAAAACGAAUCACAUAAGGCCUAGCGUGUGCACUCGCGAGUAUUAAACUGAUUACUGCACGUGAAGUGUCAGUUACGCGGUUGAGGAGAAGCUGAAGUCGAAGUCCAUAACAAUACGCCACGGAUCGUAGGUUUGUGCUAUGGGCUUACUGUCACAGGGUUCGCCGCUCAACUGGGAAGAGACCAAGAAACAUGCGGACCACGUUAGAAAGCACGGCAUCCUGCAGUUCCUCAACAUCUACAACAAGGUCAAAGAUCGACAGAAGGAUGUGCUGAAAUGGGGAGACGAGGUGGAGUACAUGUUGGUGGAAAUGGAUGAUAAAAAUGAAAAAGUCCGCCUUGUUCUGAACGGGAAGGAUGUUUUGGAAACCCUUCAGGAAAAGGGUGAAAAGAUCAACCCCAACCACCCCACUCUCUGGAGGCCAGAGUACGGCAGCUACAUGAUCGAAGGGACGCCCGGGCAGCCGUACGGAGGGACCAUGUCGGAGUUUAACACGGUAGAAGACAACAUGGGAAAGCGGAGGAGAGAAGCUGCAUCUGUGCUUAGAAUGAACGAGACUCUCCUCACAGUUACUUCAUUCCCCAGGUUAGGCUGCCCAGGCUUCACUCAGCCAGAAUACAAACCCACACCUGUUGAAAAAGGGGUGUCCAAAUCGCUUUUCUUCCCCGAUGAGGCCAUCAACAGACACCCUAGAUUCAGCACUCUGACCAGAAACAUACGCCACCGGAGAGGAGAAAAGGUGGUGAUAAAUGUACCAAUUUUUAAAGAUAAAAACACCCCGUCUCCUUUUGUGGAGGCGUUUCCAGAGGACGAUGGGGAAGCUGCCCGGGCUGCCCUGCCUGAUCACAUCUACAUGGACGCCAUGGGCUUCGGCAUGGGAAACUGUUGCCUGCAGGUGACCUUCCAGGCUUGCAGCAUCAGUGAGGCACGCUACCUUUACGACCAGCUGGCCACUUUCUGUCCCAUAGUGAUGGCUCUCAGCGCUGCCUCACCGUUCUAUCGGGGCUAUGUCUCAGACAUCGACUGUCGCUGGGGCGUGAUCUCUGCAUCGGUGGAUGACAGAACCAGAGAAGAGCGGGGCCUGGAGCCACUGAAAAACAACAAAUUCAGGAUCCAUAAAUCACGGUACGAUUCGAUUGACAGCUACCUCUCCUGCUGUGGUGAUAAAUACAAUGACAUUGAGCUGACCAUAGAUGAAGAUAUCAACAAACAGCUCUUAGAUGCAGGCAUCGACAAACUGCUGGCACAGCACAUUGCACAUCUCUUCAUCCGCGACCCGCUGUCGCUCUUUCAGGAGAAGAUUCAUUUGGAUGAUGAGAACGAAUCGGACCACUUUGAGAACCUUCAGUCAACCAACUGGCAGACAAUGAGGUUCAAGCCGCCCCCUCCAAACUCUGACAUCGGAUGGAGAGUCGAGUUUCGUCCAAUGGAGGUCCAACUGACAGAUUUUGAAAACUCUGCUUAUGUCGUGUUUAUCGUUCUCCUCACUCGUGUGAUCUUAUCGUAUAAGUUGGAUUUCCUCAUUCCAUUAUCAAAGGUUGAUGAAAAUAUGAAAGUUGCCCAGAAGCGAAAUGCAGUGCAAGAAGGCAUGUUUUAUUUUCGGAAGGAUGUCUUUAAAGGCUGCAACCCAGUGUUAGACCCGCCCUCCACAGCUCAGAAUGGAGUGGAGAGUGAAGCUAAAGACGGUGAAGAGUUCACACUGAUGAGUAUUGACACCAUCAUCAAUGGGAAGGAAGGGGUGUUUCACGGCCUGAUCCCAAUGUUGAACUGCUACCUUGAGAACAUGGAGGUGGAUGUCGACACACGAUGCACUAUUCUCAACUACCUGAAACUCAUUAAGAAGCGUGCUUCUGGUGAGCUGAUGACGAUGGCUAAGUGGAUGAGGGAGUUUGUUGCCAGACAUCCUCAGUACAAGCACGACAGCGUCAUUACAGACAAAGUAAACUACGACCUGGUGCACAAGUGCGACAGAAUCGCAAAGGGGCUAGAGAAAUGUCCAGAACUUAUCGGAGACCCGGUUAACAGAGGAAAAUGAAGCCUGCUCGAAACAAAAACCAACCGUGUAUAUAUAUAUAUAUAUAUAUAUAUAUAUAUAUAUAUAUAUAUAUAUAAAAAGCUCCUUUGCAUGAGAACGGAAGACCACUGCUGUCCAGAAAAAAGGUUUUAAGAAAAUAUUGAAAAUAGCAUGUGUUGAUGCUGAGGUCAUCCAAAGGGUUGUUGAAUUUGUAAAUAGCAGAUUUUUAUUAUUCGCAAAUUAUUUUAAUAGCUUAAACAGAUCCAUGAUGCAAUUGUUCUCUGAUGUGUACAUAUUUCAUGUCAGUCUGACUUGAUUGAGAGAUUAUGUAAAUGUAGCAAACACUGAAUUGUACACUAGUAAUAUUUUCAUUGUUGAAAUGUAAAUACUGUACUUCAUAAGGCAUUUACAAGUGUACUUGCUUUUUUUAUGGUUGAAACUUUUGACUUGCUUUACCGAUUCUUUUGGCAUUUAAUAUUGUGCCAAUUAAGAGAAUGAUUUGAAGGCACUGCUCUUGACUGAAGUCUGUAUGCAGCACUGACUAACCUGAAAUCAGGGGAAUGGGAAGUAGAAGACCGUAGUCUUGUGUUUUUCACUAACACAUUCUAUUUUGUAAUUUUAGUGUAUGAAGGACAACUAAAUGUAUACCAUCUGAAGUGUCUUGCUCGUUAAGCUUUACAUAGCAGCUCCACCACUAGAGGGUGUAGAUGAUCUUUUUAUUAAAUUAAUGGAAAGAUGAAUAGAGUUAAUUUAUAGUUUGUUAGCUUUAGUCUCAUUAUAUGGCUUCAAACAAAGUGAUCCCUGUACAUAUUUCAGCUUCUUGAAUGGAACACCUGCCUUUUAUAGAGCACUGUAAUCUCUUUAGCAUUCAAGCCUUAUGGAAACAAUUCUUUAAACGCUGUUUGUGUGGAAUGUUUGUUCUUUAAAAUUGAGUUCAUUAAAUCAUUUAAGCAUCA